AUUGGGCUGGUUUGGGCUGGAGGUAGGGAAGGUUCGCGGAGGUGGCACCAGUGGGCGUGUCAGCUGGUGUGUGUUGUCACGUCACAGUCUCGCCCAACCAUCGCCAUGUCUUACGCUUAUUUAUUCAAGUAUAUCAUCAUCGGAGACACUGGUGUCGGGAAAUCAUGUCUCCUGCUGCAGUUCACAGACAAGAGGUUCCAGCCGGUGCAUGACCUGACCAUUGGGGUGGAGUUUGGUGCCCGCAUGAUUACCAUUGACAAUAAGCAGAUCAAACUCCAGAUCUGGGAUACAGCCGGGCAGGAGGCAUUCAGGUCCAUCACCAGGUCAUACUACCGAGGUGCUGCUGGUGCCCUUCUGGUGUAUGACAUCACCCGGCGGGAAACCUUCAACCACCUCACACAGUGGCUAGAGGAUGCACGCCAGCACUCCAACUCCAACAUGGUCAUCAUGCUCAUAGGGAAUAAGAGUGAUCUUGACUCCCGGCGGGAGGUGAAGCGGGAAGAGGGAGAGGCAUUUGCACGGGAACAUGGCUUGGUGUUCAUGGAGACCUCUGCCAAGACUGCUGCCAAUGUGGAGGAGGCUUUCAUCAACACUGCCCGGGAAAUAUAUGAGAAGAUCCAAGAGGGAGUAUUUGAUGUCCAUAAUGAGGCAAACGGCAUCAAGAUUGGACCUCAGCACUCUCCAGGUGGUGCAGGCCUCACCAGCAACCAGGGAGCAGCAGGCGGGCAAGGUGGAGGUUGCUGCUAAUCUCCACCUUCCCCAUGCUAUUGAGAGGUGGAAGGUGCGGCUGGCCAGAGAAAGCUGAAGGGGUGGAUGGGUGGCUUGCUGUGGUCAGUGGUCUGGAGCUCUCCCACUGUGUGGAUAUAUAGAUUACAGAAGCUGCCCUGCUCCACCUUAUCAGCUCCCUUGGCAACUAUAUCAGUUUAGUGAUGCAGAGAGUGCGCCCUACCUGAGGCACUGUGGAGGGAGUGAGGGCAGGGUGUGAUGACUCCAGGUCUGUUGCGACAGCUCAAAAUUUUUGCUGUAGGGAUGUGGUGGAAUUUAUGGAUUUUUUUUAUUUUCAUAUAGCUCAUUUGCUGUCAGAAAUAUAGGAUUAUGUGUAGAGAUGUGUAUAUUGAUGUAUAUUUUGAUUGAAGUGAGUGUGUUUGAUUCUUAUUGAUUUUUUUGUUAUUGAAUGCAGAUAUUUUAAUGAUACAAUAUUUAACUUUAGAUUUUAGAUCUGCUGAUGCUUAGGAAACUGCAUAUAUAAGUUAGUUUUGGACCACUGUCACCCUCUCAACACAGCACAGGAAGCAACGUUGUCCACACCAGAGGCUGACCAGUUGCAUGUGUAUACUACCACCCUAAGUGUGACAAAACAAGGUCAUCAAAAGUGGGAGCAAAAUUACCCUUGAAAUAUUUUUUUAUACAUGGAGUCAGAUGUAAAGAGAUAUUAGUUCUUCCACAUGCCUCACUCUGGUUUAUCUUUAUACUUGCUUUAUCUUUACCUUGCCAGCAAUUAGCUAAUGUAUAGUCACUUCCCCUAGUAUGUCGAGGCUCCCACAGUAGUGACUCCUGCAUGUGUGGCCCAGCAGCUUGUUAACUUGUGCCCCUUGUAGCUCCCACACUGGGCAGUUCAGCUGACACUCACACAGUAGCACUUAUCCAGUGCUACUCCAUGGAAAUAUAUAUGUUUCCAUUAUCUCUGUCCUUGGAUAAAUUUUCUACAUUUAACCCCAUUUUUUUACUUGAGUUGUGACAAGGCUUUGUUAAAGACUGGGAUUUUGUUCCUUCGUGGGAGUGUGUCGCACUGGUAGGAACUGCUCGUCAGGACUGUCUUGUACGUCAACAGGUGUGUGUGCGUGUGUGUGUGUGCGUGUGUUUGGUUAGUAAGUGUGCUUGCUUGUUUCAUUGAUAUAUAUAUACACUUUAGACUAUUGAAUUAAAAAUAUAAAUUGAGAGGUAAGUAAAAGUAGUUAAAAACAAAAAAGUGUGUGUGAGAGUGUGUGUAUUUGUGUGUGUGUGUGUGUAUGUGUGUGUUGACCUGAUAAUCAUGGCAGUCACUUCCCCUGCUGCCUGGUGAUUAAGAGACCUCAAUGUUGAUGGAUGGAUCACACAGCAUUGAACAAAAAUCAUGUAGAUGACGUAUAAUAUAUGUAUUAUCUUCCACCAGACAAUUGCAUCAUUAUACAUCAUACUCAGCUAAAGAAAAGAAGCAUUGAAAAAAUAGUUAUUAGGUACAGUGCUGACUUGAUCUCAUGAUCUUGGUCAAAUGAUGCAACUGUAACCAAUCCACUGCUCAAUUUAACAACAGUGGCUGGCUGUGGUCUGUACUUAGUAGUAAUUCAUACACAGGAAUUUGAUGUGCUUUGGUAUCAACCUAACUUAGAUUGACUGUUUGAAUAUUCCACAGCAUAUAACUUUUGUAAGUGAUCAGGUAUAGCAUCAUUGUGGUGUUGGAGGGGGAGCAUUUUUUGACAGGGCUUGUGAGGGGUUUUGCAGCGUGAUACAGUGUGUUAAUGCGUGAAUGUGUGCACAUAUUUUCUUGAUUGCUGGCUUUAGAUUAUGAAUUGAAAAGGCACAGUUGACGACACAAAUCAUUUACACAAGCCAACCAAAGACAGUGCCUGGUAACUACACUAUAGUUGUACAUAAUAUUGAUUUUCUAAUAAGUGAAUAUACACUUGUACUGUCAGGACUGAGAGGCGACUGCAGUCAAAACUCACACCUGCAUUACGAGUCGUUGUUCAUUAUUAGGAGAAAGAAGAGUUUACAAGGGAAUAGUUACCAGGUGUCUGCGUGGUUGUCUGACACGUACUCGAACUUGUGGAGCCAACUACACAUGAUGCUUUAAAGGUAACAUAAAAAUUAAUCUUACGGCCAGUAAUGGAGUUCAUCACAUAGCUAAUCUUUUUAUUGGUGGUAUCAAACAUUCCCAGGACCAGCACCCUCAUUUAGUUUUCCUUGUACACGAGGUUUUCUUUGCAAGUAAUCCUCUCUCCUGUGGAAGAAAUUUAUAAUGAAAUUUGUUUUUUGAUCCUAGAUUGUAUUUAAAAUAUUUUUUUCUCCUCUUUGAAUUUAUAUUGAUAUUUCAUUGAGCUGCUUAUGUAUUUAUUAAGUAUUUGAACAAAGUGUGUGAAUGUGGUGGGUUUUUGCUAUCUUAGUAAAGUAACAGGUAGGUUGGGCCUUUUGUAAUUCAACUUCCCUUUGCCUAACCUCCAUUUGAACCACACCAAAGACAACCAUAGGCGCAGUUUUUACGUGGUAGAUGAGAAAUUUGUUAGAUCUGCAGAUAGUCUUGAUGGCCUUCAAUGGAAUAUCUUAAACAUUAUACAUUUACUAUAGUAUAUUGAAAAUAUGUAAUUGAUAUAUUGAUGAUAUCCACGUAGGAGGCUUAUAUAUUUUCUCACCACAGCCCUUGAGGACCAGCAAGAGACUGACCCUUGAGUGUGAUGGUAUGAAAUUUCCAACUUCUCACAACAGACUUGUCUUGCAUUAAGCUAAGCACUCUGUGGCAUUAUAGAGCCAUUUCAGCACUUUGCCAGAUACUAUCAUGUCAAAAGCUGUCAGGUGAAGUGUAGGUUAAGAAAAGCAUUCUUCCCAAGAGUGCUCUGUAGAAAAGAUAACUACACUAAAGGUUUGAACAAUUUUGCAGGGUAUUUUGACUUUGCCAGUCAGUAUGAGACAUAGAGCAGCAAUUGUCAUGUAAGACCUGGGUUGAGGAAGUAUGUGCUCCAUGCCCCUCUGUGUCCAGCUCCUCGCAGGGCAGUCUCAUUGAGAAGCCUCACACUUGCCCUUCCUUGAUCUGGUAUCACAGUUGGCUGCAGUUGUGUAUGACUUUAUGUUAUUAAACUGUAUGAAAUUAA